CUCCAACAAUGCCCAAAACGAAGCUGAUCGACACAGCACCACACCUCCACCGCCAGGAUCAACGACGUCAUCUUGUACCGCCAUCAAUUAACUCGCCGCGAUGCCUUCACAGUAUCCGCUCCUGGCAUCGGCAUUCGUGCCACCCAUCCCCAUCCCCGGCGGCAAUGCACAGCACGAUAAUACCAGUCUCGCUCGAACAAGACUCCAAAACCGUCGCCCAGUCCCGUAGCUGAAAACACCGACAGAAACAAACACCGACAGAAACACACGCCGCACGCCACACACAGCGAUGGGCGACGCCAACAUCUUUGUCAGUAAUGGCACGUGCUACUCGGCGGCUGGGCAGAAGCUCGACAACAGCUUCAUCCCAUGCGGCAACGACGCCUUCGGCCACCAGACGUGCUGCGGCGCCGGCGACAACUGCCUCGUCGACAAUGCCUGCUGGGGCCUGCACGGCACCGGCUACGGCAGCUCCCUGACGUACAUGGCCGGCUGCACCGACCCGGAGUACAAGGACGCGAGCUGUCCGCAGAAGUUCUUUGACCAGCCGUGGGUCGCGCUCACGCACUGCGACAACAACGACGGUUCGUGGGCGGCGUGCUCGCAGUCGGCCGGCCCGUCGACGCUGCAGCCGGGCUCGUUCUGCACCUGCACCGACGCCGCCAAGACGACCGUCGCCUUCAAAGACACCAACACGCUCAGCAGCCGCGCGUCGCUGCCCCAGAGCGCAGGCGACAGCAUCCAGUUCUUCGUCGGCUACGUGCCCACCUCGCCGUCCUCGUCAUCACACACGCAGACGCAGCUGGGGUCUCAGUCUUUGCCGUCGCCGUCGCCGUCGCCGUCUGGCAGCCCGACUUCUCCCGCGUCCACGCCCGCAACCCAAACCAGCGGCUCCUCUGGCUCCACGGGCACGGGGGCGCCAGGAUCGUCAAACACCGGCACCGCAUCGCAAACGGCACCAGCAUCUUCCAGCAGCGACAACAGCAGCAGCGAUGGCAGUAGCAGCAGCGAUGGCAGUGGCAGCAGCGAUGGUCUCAGCUCCAGCGCCAAAGCAGGCAUCAUCGGAGGUGUGGUGGGCGGGGCGGUGCUACUCGCAGCGCUGGCCGUGCUAUUUUUUCUGCGCAGGAGGCGGCAGCGCGGGUCGGCAGGCGUCGAGAGCGGCAAGAAGCAGCACUACCACAGCGAAAACAAGAACGACAAGGUGCCGUCGACGGCCGCGGCGUCCGAGGCCGACGGGGUGCCCGUUUCUGAGGCCGAUGGGCGCGCGGCGCGGCCGUGGAGCAUGCGCAGCGAGCUCGAGGGCAGCCAGCCGGCGACGUCGAUGGCGCCGUCCAGCCUGGCUGAGCGCGUCUCGGGCGAAGGAACUGCUGGUAUUGGGACAGGGGCAGCUGGUGACGGGCUUCAUCAUCAUGACGCAGGCGGCGAGCUGAGCCCUGUUGCCGAGCUACCGGGGAGCGAGAGCUGGAGCAACAGGUAGCGCGGUGGUGUAGACGCUGGUGUAGACGCUGGUGUAGACGCUGGUGUAGACGCUGGU